UGUUGCCUUGACUUUCGACUCGUCGAAUCGACUUCCAAUCAGGGUGCAUAUUAGUUCGCCUCAGAAUGUGCAUAUUCUACCAACAUGCUAAGAUGAUAUACAGUUAAGAAACUGUCCUCAGCUUGGCUCAAGAUUCCAUCAUGGUCGACUCCUUGAUCAUCUCUCCUUCGCUCUCUAGGCAUCCACACAGCAGAACUGCCUGUCAGAGGAAAAUUUGGUCAUUAAUUCGAAAGCAGCCUGGUUGAAUAUUUCGAUCUAGGGCUCUUCUAUGUUCAGACGACUUGUCACUUCAACUCUCCACUCUAGCCGCAUUCCAUCUUCAACUACCAUGUCUCCUUCCACCAUGGACACCAUUAUAUCGAAUAGGGUACACCUAUCCACUCUGCCCUAUACAAACUGCACCACGCGCAUCGUUUCUCUUCUGGACGUCCCCAUUCCCGAGAACUCCACGGACGACGAAUACCGAGACGUCUACCAUCGCUAUACGCAUGACACGUCGGUGCCCAAUAGCCGUAUGCUCCGUGACGCCAUUCAAUCCAUCAAACACGGCAUAUCACCGCCUGUGGCAUUUCCAACCGAAACCGUCUACGGGCUAGGUGCCGAUGCGACGAAUGAGCCCGCCAUAUCUGGUAUUUUCGCCGCCAAAGGUCGACCGAGCGACAAUCCCCUGAUCGUGCACGUUUCGAGCGUCCCUCACCUCGAACGUCUUACCGGCGAACAGCUUCCAGAGAUCUACAAAUCUCUCGUCAAGAAAUUCUGGCCAGGCCCAUUGACUAUCUUGCUUCCUGUGCCUAGAAACGGUGUCUUUGCCCGAAACGUCCAUCCCGCUCAGAGCACGAUUGGGUUCCGAAUUCCGUCGUCCAAGUUCGCCCGCUUCUUUAUCGCUGCGACGGACAGACCUAUCGCAGGACCGUCGGCAAACUCCUCCGGAAAACCCUCCCCAACGACUGCGCGACACGUGCUAGACGAUCUACGCGGCAAGAUCAAUUUCAUCCUCGACGGCGGCCCGUGCGACGUCGGUGUCGAAAGUACCGUUGUCGACGGCCUGCAUGAUCCGCCUCUGAUACUGAGACCGGGAGGAGUGUCGCUCUCUGACCUGAUUGCGCAUGGUCGUGAGGAUGGAAAUAGCUUCGCACACACCGCCAUUGGAUACAGGAGGCACGAAGGUCGCUCGGCAUCAUCCGGUUUAGCUACACCAGCGUCAGGGUCGGGCUCCGAGGCCAUAAGUUACGUUGAAGACGUGACCGGUGCACCUCGCGCUCCGGGGAUGAAGUAUCGGCACUACGCUCCAAACGGACGCUUGAUUCUGUUCUCUGAGAAUACUGUCGCCGAGGGCGGGGUCGAGUCGAAAAUGCUUGAGAUUCUCGAAUCUGCACCUACGCCACACGGGAAUGACAAUCGUGGUGGUAACGUCAACGUAGGCAUUAUUUCAUGUCACUGGCCCGCCUUUGCUGGAUUAUCCGCAUCCCCAGUUCAAGAAGGCAACCCAACACCACCAGCGCUCUCUGGUUCAGUGUUUGAGAACAGCACAUCGGUCGCAAAGUACACGAAACGAACAGACGGGGAUGUAACGCUGUACAACGUUCAUAUUGGGCCGGACAUUACAGACCUAGGACACUCGCUGUUUGGAGUGCUAAGGUUGUUCGACGAGCUUGGGUGUUCUUUCAUCUUGGCCGAGACUGUUCGGCGCGCAGAUGAAGGUCAAGGUGUGUCAGAGCAGGAUAAUAGACCAAAUCCAAAGACCCGAGAUAUUGAGGACGCGGUCAUCGAUCGCAUGGAAAAGGCUGCGGCAGAAAGAGUCGAUUGAGUCAGAAUUUUGGAUUGAUUCGUCAUAUCCCAUCCCGGUUUAGAGAUCAUUACGCAGAAGAUACAACUCUUUAAGUCUCGCUACUCUAGGAAUCUGCCAUGCGUGGUUCAGUUAUACAAAACCCCGUUCUUGAAUUUCACAAUGCUCUGUGACAACACUGGA